AUGGAGGACCACGGCUUAGAUUAUCACCGUGCCCUCUUGGCUUGUUUUCUGCUCAGCGCCGCGGUCUCAGCUUAUUCUGGCCAAAUAGACCCGAUGCGCUGGACACCGCCGCUGGAGAGCGCACUUGUCGCCAUCAGUGAUACCUAUUCUCAGGGCGACCACGUUUUGGCUGUGCAGGUUCGCCUGCAGCUGCUCAAAGGUCGCGCCGUACAGAUACGCGACCAGGGCCACAAACCAGACCAUAACGUUGCGGAGGUACUCCUGGUGAAGCUAGAGGAGCUUCGCCCAGCAGUUGAGCAACACCAGGUCCCACCCCUUCUACCAAACCUCCCCCCCUUCCGCGGCAUUGCCUUCCCCCAAUGGGCGCAGCUAACCCGCUGCCUUGUCGCCGCUGCACCGCUUUCGAGGCGCCCGACGCGCGCUGGCCCGAUGGCGCCGCAAGGGAGGUUUUGGAUUUGGUGGUGUUGUUUGGACGAGGUUGUGGGGAGGUUGGAGGGGAUGGCGAGGGAGGCGGGGGAGGUUGUUUCUGGUGGGGUGGGUGCAUGUGGUGUUGCUGAUGAGGAGAUGUUUAUGAAGUUGGUUUUGGGGCUGAGGGGGUUUAGGGAGAGGGUUGUGGGGGAGAGGGCGGGACGGGGUAGGGCUGGGGGUGCUGCGGCUGGGCGGGAUGGUGGUGAGGGUGUUGCUGUUGGUGAUGUGGAGGAGGAGAGGAUGGUGUUGGCGCCGCAGAAGGGGUAUUUUAGGAAUCCGAGGUUUUGGCUGGAUCAGAUUUGGGGAUCGGGGUUGACUCCUUGA